AUGAACAACGUGAGAGAGAGCAACUACCCAUGUAUUUUGGUAGAGCAACAUCCAUCAGUCAAGGUAGAUAAGAAAAUGCAUGAGGAUUAUAGAGAAAUGGUAGGUUCUCUGCGUUAUCUGUCAAACAAAACAAGACCCGAUAUUAGUUAUCACGUAGGCUAUUGUUCAAGACAUCAAAACAGUCCAAAUGUAAAUGAUCUAAAUAAUGUUAAAAAUAUCUUGAAGUUUAUUAAAGGUUCAAAAGAAAAAGGUAUUCAUUAUAGUAAAGGUGACAAAAUAUUAAGAGGCUUUUGUGAUUCUGAUUUCGCUGGUGAUCCGGAUACGAGACGAAGUACUUCUGGUUUUGUGAUUUGGAUGAAUGGUGGACCAGUCGCAUGGAGCUCAAGAAAGCAAUCAGUGGUGGCACUUUCGAGCACAGAGGCCGAGUACAUAGCUGCUGCAGAAUGUUGUAAGGAACUGUUAUAUAUAAGAGAUCUGGUAAAAGAAAUUACAAACGAAAAUCUAGUCAUUGAAAUGCGAGUAGAUAACCAAUCUGCAAUUUGGCUUAUGAAGAAAGGAAUUAUGAAUAAAAGGAGCAAGCAUAUCGACGUUAAAUAUUAUUAUUUAAAAGAAAAGAUCGAUGAAAACAGGAUUGAAGUCAAAUAUUGUCCAACUGGGUCACAGGCUGCGGAUAUCUUAACGAAAAGUUUACCCAGGAUUAAAUUUGAAAGUUGUCAAAAGAAACUAGUGUCGUAG